UGUCCUGAUUUCCGGUGUCAACCUUGUUGGCGGACUUGGAACGAUUGCCACUUUCUGAUGUAUUUCCACCACUUGGAGUGCUGUUAGAUAUCAUAACCUUGAGUUGCUGCACUUUGGUUACUUUACCCGAUGUUUUUACUUUUCAGCUCCGGGCCACCCUUUUUGUAGCUCCUCAGCUACGUUGUUAGCUCCGUGUAGCCGCUAAUGAGAGGCUACGGCCCGGCUACGGAAUGCCUCGCAGAAAGAAAAACGGCCAGAGUCCGGCCAGAGUCCCCGGCGGACCGCCAGAGGGGGGAAGCCUCGGCCACAACACGGGUUACCGACUACCGCAGGGAUUUGACAGUGCCAUGGCGAACAACUUUCCAUCCAGCUCCGUCAAGGAGAGAAUCGUCAAAAGCAUGCAGGAGAUGUUCUCACACCUGGACCCAGAAGUUAUAUACAUCGUGCUGUCCGAGUGUGAUUUUAAAGUUGAAAAUGCAAUGGACUCCCUCUUGGAGCUGUCUGUGGCUGCUGAAGGUGCAGCCCCUUUACCUUCUCCUGUCUCUGGCUUUGAGCGCACUGCUGCAGCCCUGCUAAGCCCACAUCACUUCUCAGAAUCUAGACCAGACCCAGACUCCUCCAAACUGUCACAGCUGCCCUGCUCUCCUCCCUCCAGCAACAUCUUGACAGAGGAGCUGGACCUCCUAGUUGAUCAGGAGCUAGAAACACUAACUGCACAACAAGGCGGCAGCCAGUAUUUAUCUCUUGGCACAUCCCUUUCCUCUUUCCCUCCACCACCAUUCCAACAUCAGGUCCUCCCUGAGCUGCUUCAGUCCAGCCUCCAGCCUGGAUCUAGAGGACCCUCUGCCAAGCAGCAAGGCCUAGUGGGAAGUCUGGUGGAGCAUAUUUCUGGAGCUUCCUCUCCGCUCGACAACCUCAGCACUUGGGAAGACAAGAUCGUUGAGGAGCAGCAGUCGGUGGAUUUCACACAUCUGAUGACAGAGAUGCCUGGAGACAAGCUGAAACCUCCUUUGGACCUGGCAGCUUCUGGACGUCCCUCGGCUUUCCAGGUGUAUAAAAAGCAAGACCCAUUACACACUCUCUCAGACAAGGCCGGGCUCAUGCCCUCUAAAGCGAUAGUUGGAGGAGCAAGAUCUAAGGUGAACGUGUUGAAUCCGGAGCCGCUUGGCUACAUGCCAUCACCCUGGAACCUGCAGGCACCAGUGUUUUCUCCUCGUAUACAUGGAAAACAGGGGCCAGUGUUCCUUACCCCUGUGGCUCAAACACCUUCCAACUGGCCCAGCCAACCCAGGCAUGCCUCUCCCUGGUUGAGUCAGGGCCCCGUCAGCCAAGCACCUCUCAAACCUUCUGCUACUAUUCCAAAGUCAUGGGCCCUGUCUGCUGCUCCAGAUUCUCCUGCUCACAGCAGGCUUCGUUUGGUAGGGAAGGUCCUUGUGUUGCUACGUGGUGCUCCAGGAUCUGGCAAGUCAACCUUGGCAAGAGCCUACUUAGAGCAUAACCCAGGUGGAGUUAGACUGAGCACUGACGACUAUUUCACUCGUAAUGGAGAAUAUCAGUUUGACCCCGCUGCUCUGGGGGAGGCCCAUGAGUGGAACCAUAAACAAGCCAAAGAGGCUUUUGAAAGGGGCGCUAACCCCAUCAUCAUUGACAAUACCAACAUGCAGAGCUGGGAGAUGAGACCUUAUGUGGCUCAGGCGCUGAAACAUGGAUAUAAGGUGCUGUUCCGAGAGCCGGACACUUGGUGGAAGAACAAGCCAAGAGAACUGGAGAGGCGUACCACACACAAUGUGCCAGUGGAAAAAAUCCGACGCAUGCUUAAUGGUUAUGAGCGCUUCAUCACAGUCCAAGGCAUCAUGGGUUCACAGAUGCCUGAGAUCAAACAACGCGUCCUUCUGGAGAACAGAAGCUCACAGCCAGUGUCUUCUGAAAUUCCUUGUCCUGACCUUGUAGGGCAGCCUGAAUUGGCGGAGGGAUGUAUGAAAUCCCGCCCUCAGCUGUAUUCCUCUCUCCCUGACGUGUCAUCAAUUGGUCGUUCUAGUGAGGUGGGAAUGAUGGAAGGCAGCACCCACAAAUCUACGGAGUCCCUCAAUUUCCAUCCUACUGGAAGACUUACGGAAAACCCUGUAAUGUCUGAUGGGGAUGAUGACAUGGAUUUGGGGGAAUUAGAUUCUGAGUUGGACGCCAAGUUAGAGAUGAAUCGUCCAACAGGAGAUCAGAGAAUCCCAGACUGUAUUGUGGAAUCAGUGAUGAGUGAAGAUCAUCGUGGGGAUGAAAUGCCUGUGGCGUUCUCUGAGUCUAUUGCACAAAGAGUAAGGAGAGAGAGGCCAAGCAGGAGGUCAGGUUUUGACAGUUCGAAGCCUGCAGAUCUGGUGAAAGAUAUCAACCAAUCACACAGCGAGGCAAAGGGGAAAGAAAAGUCAAGGGAAGUGGAAGGGGUUGAGACGGAGACGUAUGGGGGAAAGAAGGGAAUGCCUAAGACAUUCGAUUUUGUGGGAGACUGGCCUUGUGAGGGGUCCCUCGAGCAGCGACCGGUGAAGCGAAGAGAAAGGCAUAAAGAGGGAAGUAGGAAGGAAGAUGGAGCUGUGUCUCAAGAAGCUAACAAAAAUAAAACAAAAGUGCAGUCGGGACCCAAUGUGACAGAGUUUCAGAAGCUUCUUGAUCUCAUUCAGACAGGAGUUGCUGACAUAGAGACAGGCUCUUCCCAUUCGUCCUCCCUUUCCCUGAGCUCUGGAGAGGAACUGGAGACAGAGGAGGCAGGUGGCAGGUUUGGGGAAUCCCAUGGCAGUAGAUCUAACAGUGAGGAGAGGGAACAAGACAUUAACAGGGUUAACAGCAGCAGAGGUGAAUUACCUGACUGUGUGUUAGACUGGAAGGCAGCUGACUCUUGUAAGGUCAGGGAAUCAAGAAUUGAUCAUUGUGAGGGACUUAAAACUGAAAAUGAAGCAAGUAGGACCACAGGAGGGAAUGAUAAUGUGUUAGAGAUUGGAGGAGAAACAGGGUCUGUGGAUUUGAAAUCGACCAAUCCAACAAAUCCUCUCUCAGCUCUUACUGCUAGUUCACUAGUUAUCUCCAAAACUGUGGAGGCAAACGAAUGCCAUGACGGAGCGGGAAGCCACAAUAUUGAAGGUGAGGUUGGUACAGAGCCUACUGCUGGUCAUACUGAUACGGAAAGGAAUGACAGACAUGUCUGCACAGACAAUGGCAGAGAGACAAGAGUUGAGGCUGAUGGAAGUCAUAUUAGUGAGAUGUGUCAGAGUCCUGUGUGUGAGGGCUCUGUGGAAGCAGAAAGCAGUUCUUUCAGUGGAGGCAGUCAGGAGCGAAAGCAGCGCCAGGGUCGUAGAUCAGGGAAACAGUGCAAACUAGCCCUCACCUUUACUCAAAACGCCCCCUUUUUUAAACAACCCUCCUCCCAAAUUAAAAAAAAAACCAACACCCCCCACAACCUUUUUCCUCCUAACCCCUCCCUUCCCCAAAAUAAAAAAUCCCCCCCCCCAACCCCAGAGGCACACCUGCAGCCUUCUUCCCCACUUCCUCUGGUAGACACAGACAGCCCCACCCAGACAGAACCUCAAGACUUUGCCCUUCUUUGGCGUCUCAAUUGUCAAGACGAUGCAGUCGUCACUGCGUGCAGCCACCAUAGUGACAUCACAGUCCUGUCCGGAGACUCUUCUCGCUUUGUGCCAGAGUUGUCCACUGCCGUCUCUGCGGCGGUUGCAGUCCACCCGUCCGGCCACAGAGUGGUGCCCUACCGCGUGGUCCAUGAGAAAGGCACACAGGUGGAAGAGAAAGAGCUCGGGGCAACUCAAAACCGGCUUGAGAGCCUGCGCAUUCUCAGCCGCCAUUUUAAACUGGUUAGUUUUGAUACGUUAGAAGAUCUGUAUGACAAAUGCUAUCAGGACUUAGAAUGGACGACCAACCUGCUGCUGGACUCUGGAGAGAGGUUCUUCAGAGAUGAUGAUGGUGAGAAAGAGGAGGAAGAGGAUGGUGCGGGGGGUGAAGAUGAGCAGAACACAUCCAGUCCGUGUGGAGCUUUAGGCAAGCCUGUAGGAACCAGGUUACGUCCUGAUGUGUUAGAUGAGCAUCACCCUGAAGAUUGGCCAAAGGGAGAGCCAAUUGGGUUUGAGGAGGUGACUCCGCAGGCAACCUUUGGGACAGUCAGAGAAUCCGAUGAGAGCUCCAAGAAUACCGAUCUGCUAAGUUUUGGAGGUGCAGCUCCUGAUACAACCUCACACUUAAAAUCCUCUCCUCAAACAGAACUUGGUCUGCCUCAUGCGGUAAAUGAAGGAGAGAGAUGGGGUGACACUGAACACAAAGUGACAUCAGAAGCUGACCUAGAAGGCGGGGCUUGGGGUGGAAGCUUAGACGAUGGCGUAAUAAUUGAAGAGUCAAGAGUUGAGAUUGAUGAGGAGAUUGCUAGCAUGGACGAGGUUCACCGGCUGCUGCAGGCUGAGCUAGAGGAGAUGGAGAGAGAUCAAAAACACGCGGAGGAGGAGAAGACUGAAAUGAGGCACAUGGAGGAGAGAAGGAGCACACACCUAGACAUUCAGAGUGUGGAGCUGAAACUACCCACUGAAUUGGCACUGCAGCUAACUGAACUGUUUGGUCCUGUUGGAGUAGACCCAGGAACAUGCUCAACUGAUGACUAUGUAGUGCAGAUGGACCUGAAACUUGCUAAACUACUCCACCAGAAGUGGAACGAAACCAUUCAGGAAAAGCAGAAACAAGCAACUCUUUCCUCUCACAUCUUUCAGGAAAGUUCAGGACCUGGAUCACGAGACUGGACACAGCCACUGAACAACCAACCAGAGGCCCAUGGUCAGAUGCCAUUCAUGGACCACUGGAAUGUGUCCCGCCUUCAUGUGUCUCUUAGAGAUAUUAUUAAAGAGCAGCAGGCUUUGCAGAAGAACGAGGAAAAGACCAGACAAAGUUGUGCAGACCUUGACCGGCGUGAUGGAGCCGCCUUGAUGAAAGAGAACCAACUGUACUCCCUCUUCCCCACCAUUGACAGGCAUUUCCUCCAGGACAUCUUCAGAGACCACAAUUACAGCCUGACCCAGACGGAGCUGUUUCUUCGCUCUCUACUGGACCAGGAACCCGUCAAGACAGUGGUCGCCCCAGAGGCUCCUCGAUCCAACCACCUCAGAGCAGCCAGCAAGGAGAGGGAGAAGAGGCAGAAGCCCCCGGAGCUAACCUAUCAGGAUACGGAAGACCCAGAGUAUGAGGACUUCAGGGCCGAGGCCAGCCAACAGAAGAGCAGACAGCUCGAGUGUUUCUCCAAAGCUGCUGAGGCCUUCAAGCAAGGACGCAAAGAUGUGGCCUCAUUUUACGCACAGCAGGGACACCUGCAUGGCCAGCGGAUGCGUGAGGCCAAUCACCGUGCAGCAGUUCAGAUUUUUAAGAGGGUCAACUCAUCGCUGCUGCCUAGCAACAUCCUGGACCUCCAUGGGCUGCAUGUAGACGAGGCCCUGGAGCAUCUGGCUGAAGUCUUGCAGGACAAAACCGCAGAUUGUGAGCAGGGUCUGUGUCGACCUCAGCUCUCUGUCAUCACAGGAAGAGGGAACCACAGCCAGGGGGGCGUGGCCCGCAUCCGCCCCGCCGUUAUAGACUACCUCAACAACAAACACUACAGGUUCACUGAGCCAAAGCCAGGUCUUGUGUUGGUCUCUUUGAAGUGAGAAGAACCUGUCUUAUUGGAUUCAAACUAAAGCAGCUAUGAAGGACAACACACACACACACACACACACACACACACACACACACACACACACACACACACACACACACACACACACACUGUCUCUCUCACUACUUAUACAAUGCCACAUUUACAAUUACUACAGUUUUCCCCACUCAUCCUGUCUCUAUCUAUCUCUCUUAAAUUAAUCAUAAUCUUAAUCUAGGUUAAAUUGAGGUUCAUUUUAAAUUCAUAAUUGUAAUUUAGAUCUUAAUAAGACUAUUUUUUCUUUUGUGAUUAUGGUAAAUAAAGUGAAACGUAAAUAAGGUAAUUUCACACAGCUGUAAAGCUAGAAUGUAUGUACAUUUUAAAUGUAAAAAUGUUUUAUAAUGUGAUUGUUUUUUGCUUUACAUUUAUCGUUAUUCCUUUUAAAGAGUGUGACAAAUCCCUGUGUUUUGAAGACGUCAUGUUGAAUAAGGCGUUAUUUAAUCAUUCUUACAUUUACUAAUCUGGACUCACGUUUGAGACGUGAGGAUUUUAUGAAUCUUUAAUUGAAUCAUGAUUGCACAUUGUCUGCUUGGAGGUUGCUCUCUAGGAAUUAAAGUACUACGACAUCCUUUUUUGAGACACAAUUUAAGCAUUUGACACCAAUUCUAGAUUUAAUACAUAGUAGUCUGAGAAUUUACCACAAAACUAAAUGCUGAGAUGGAAGAGAGUUUUUUUGUCUUGGUUGUAUAUCAAAUAUCCCAAUAUUUUUGACCAAAUACCUCGAUAUCGAUAUUGUGGCAAUAUUGUAGGGUUGACAAUUGGUGCUUUCACAAAAUAUGCACACAAUGAGAUUUUUG